AUGGAAACAAAGCCCUGCCCCCUUUUUUUUCACGAGGAUUUCUUCGCCGCCAUCGUUACUUUACGUGUAAUCAAGAUUACUAAAUCGGAUUACGAUACUUUCACUCUCUUUCAGCAUGUCCGCAGUGGCAAACGCUACCUCCGUCAUGGAUGUGGAUCUUAAUGAAAGCAGCGGAGAGACUAAAUCGGCCAUUAAUACUUGGCGUUAUCGCCACCAUUUCACGUACAAGGCAGACCAGGGGAAAAAUAUCAUCGUCCAAUGUAAUCUGUGUUUGCCGAGGGUUAAUCUGCUGUCCACGUCGAAAACCUCCACAUCCAACCUAAAGAAACAUUUAGAUAGGACACACUUGGGCUGUGAUGCCAGGCCGGAUGCAAAGAGAGGGAGGAAGAAAGAGGAGUACAACGGCGAGGAGAGCAGACACCUCCAGCUGAAAAAACUCAAAGCGGAUAUCAUCUCCAAAUCCAUGACCCAGUCCAAGGUGGACGAUCUCGUUUUCAGCUUCAUCGUGGAGGACUGUCACUCGUUUUACGUUCUGGAUCAGCCCGGUUUUAAGAAACUGAUCUCAUGUUUGACCGAAGGGCUAAAGGUCAUGGACAGGGUGACCUUGUUCACCAAAGUGGACCAGGGUUUUGCCAGGAUGCGGGAGGAGCUGAUGGCCAAACUCUGCGACGUCCAGUAUGUCUGCACCACGGCAGACGUCUGGACUGCCAACAACAGAAGCUACUUCGGGAUGACGUGUCACUGGAUCGACGCCGAGUCUCUGGAGAGGAAAUCUGCCGCUCUGGGGUUCACACGCCUCAAUGAAAGGAUCACGUACGACACCAUCGCUGGACGGAUACACGACGUCCACGUGACGUAUAAUAUCGAAAGUAAAGUUCAGACCACGGUCACUGACAACGGCAGUCCCUUUAUUAGUGUCUUCAAAGAGUUUGUAGUGGAGGGCCAGGAGAACGAGGAUGACGUUGGGUUCUAUGAGAACGUGAACACGGUUCUGGAGGGUGAGCCGGAGCAGGACAUGCUCCUGUUCCUGCCCCCCGUUCAGCGCUGUGCGUCACACACGCUGGAGCAGGUUGUCACUGAGGACUUUUGGCAGGCCAUCUCGCAGGGGCCCAUGUGCCAGCUGCAUUACAGCUCAAUGGCGAAGGUGGCUGGGAUCUGGACUAAGUGCCACCUUCUCCAGACCGAGAUGAACGCGGCAGAGGAGAUAGGGAAGAUGGCACUCAUUGUCCCAGCUGUUAUACGCUGGAAUGUGGAGUACUGUGCCGUGCAGAAGAUCGUGUCUCUCACUGAACGGGAGCUGACGGAGCUCUGCGUCCGCCUGGAGGUCCCACGCCUUCAGCCAGAGGAGAUAGCCUUCCUGAAAGAGUAUGUAACCGUGUUCCACCCGCUGGCGUUUGCACUUGAACUUUUCCAGGCGGAGCAGAAAUGCUACCUAGGUCUCGUCAUCCCAACCGUCCUCAGCCUGAAGAACAAACUAAAAGAGCAGAAAGACGCUGCAAACUACUUGGGCGACGUCAUCAACAGCAUUGUGAUCGCCAUCGACGUACGAUUCCAGGAGUUCUUCUCGAGCACGGAGGCGAAGAUCGCAACGGCAACGACGCCGCAGUUUCGCUUGUGGUGGAUGGCGGCGUCCGAGCGGGAGGAGAUGUGCUCUCUGCUGGCCACCGAGGCGUCCCAGAUGGAUCCCAGCGAGGCGGCCGAGGCGAACACCAGCCGCAACCUGUCCACCAUCGAGUCCGAGGACGACUUCUUCAGCUAUGGCUCGGCGAAGACCACCACGCAGAUCCAGCGCCGGGGAGUGAUGGAGGAGAUCCGCAAGUACGUCGAAGGGACCGGGAAGAGCCUGGAGUGUCUGCAGGACUUCCCCAGGGUGAAGCAGCUCUUCCUAAAAUACAACACCACCCUGCCUUCCACAGCGCCCGUCCAACGCCUCUUUGGCCAGAAGGGCAAUCUGGUGACCUCGCAGAGAAACUUUCUGACUGAUGACUACUUUGAGCGCGUUCAGCUUUUGAGAUACAACAGCAACGUCUGCACUUUGGUGACCGAGUGAUUCCAUGAACUAAAAACUUUCUCAAAAUCAAACCAUAUGCUAAAAAAGAUACCAGAAAAUCAAAUCAUUUCAGGUCCUUCAGCUCAGAUUUGAUUUGUCAGAUUUUGCUCUUGAACUCGAUUUGAUUAGCAUGGCAGACAUUUGUGUCACUCCAGAAUGAAAGGAUCUGAUUGACAAUCAUGGACACUGACAUCAGAAUGAAUGAGCAGACAAAACCAUCUUUUUAUGUAAAAUGAAGCUGCAACUGUCUUUUAGUUGUUCUUUUUUACCUACGAAAAUGCACCUCAUCUGUAUGAGUUUUUUUAUAUAUAAAGACACCAGAAAAAUUCA